GCUACAGUCGCGUUGACCUUUGAAAACGCCACACUACUUGUGGAUGGCCCUUUGAAAAAACCGCGGCAGAAGUCAAAAUGCAAACACUGAGGGACAAAGUUUACGUUCCUGUUUAUGCAGCCAAACGAACGGCAGUACCGGGGAUCAAAAUAACCAUUAUAGGUGCAGGAGCAGUCGGCAUGGCUACCGCGUUUAGUUUGUUGACCAAAGGAAUACCAACGGAGUUGGCGAUUGUCGAUCUGAAUGUGGAAAAGGUGGAGGCUGAGGUUAGUGAUUUACAGAACGCUCGGCAGUUCCUACCGAAAGUAGCCAUCUACGGUGGAUCAAAUUACAAAUUAUCUUCAAACUCCAACAUAGCCAUAUUAAGCGCUGGAGUGGAUAAAAGGGAGAACGAAAAUCAACUGAGUCAUGUUCAACGAAAUGUGGACGCGUUGAAAACCAUUAUACCACAUAUAGUGGAAAACAGCCCGAAGUGCAUUAUAAUCGUUUUGACCAAACCAGUGGAUGUACUCGCCUACGUCGCAUGGAGGAUAAGUGGAUUUCCCAGGAACCGCGUCCUAGGUCUAGGGACACUACUGGACUCGUCAAAAUUUUGUAACGCCAUUAGCGGAAAGCUCGGACUCUCACCUGAUGCUGUCAGUGGAUAUGUUUUGGGAGAACAAGGCGAGAAAGCAGUGCCCAUAUGGAGCUCGGUAACGUGUGCAGGACUGAAAUUAAGGAGCAUAUAUCCUGAAAUCGGUACGCCGGAUGACAAAGAAGGAUACAACAAGAUUCCACAGGAGCUCGUAGAAAAGUAGUUCAGUUUGCAGUGUGGUUGUAGUGAAAUUUCUUAGCGAGCGCUCAAUAAACAGGGGAAAAGGUGCUAAUGCAUGGGCUGUUGGUCUAGCGACCAGUAUGAUAUGUGAAGCAUUGCUCACGGAUGCAAACUCCAUAUUUCCCAUCUCUACGCAUGCCAAGCACGAAGGAAAAUUAGUGGGUCUACAAGGAGUUGACAAGGACAUAUUCUUCAGUUUACCAUGCAUCGUAAAUACUAACGGAGUCCGAGGAAUAAUGUUGCAACAGCUGGACGACGAUGAGAAGGAAAAAUUAUUUGUGAGCGCAAAAAAGAUGGAAGAACUCCUACAAAGUAUUGAAUGGUAAACCACCACCUCCCGGGAAACAAAACGACGAACAGUACAAUGGUAUUGGUUUAUUCUUAUCAGAUGUGUGUACAACUGUCGCUUCCCGGUGAAUCAUGCUUUUCUUUUGCUGAAACAAUACAAAUAAGAGAAGCUGAAUUUAGUGACAAUGGACAGCAAG